CUAAUAUGUACAUUACUAGCAAAAGAAUAUGUAACAUUAUUACACCAAGACAUUCUUGUAUGUUUCCAUCUUUUGACCAUAAACUAUCACAUAUCCCAAAACUAGCAAAAAGAAAAUACAUAAUUACAUCUCAACCCCUACAGGUUACAACCCCACAAUGCAAAAUAAUUGAAACUUCAUAUGAUAACAAAGGGCAAUUUGGUAAAUUCGCAUCAACAAUCAUUAUACCCUCCCUUUUUAAACAGUCUCUCUACUUUCCAAACUCCCUCCAUAUUUUUUCUCCUAAACCACUCCUUAAACCUCUCAAUCUCUGAUUUUUCUUUCCCUUUUCCGCAUCAUUUUCCUCAUGGCGUUUGCGUUCACACAAAAUCGCCACUCUCUCUCUCCCCUCUUUUUCUCCAUCUUCUUUCUCUCUCUUCCGCUCUCCUCCUCCUCCUCCUCCAUCCACGACCUCCUCCAGUCCAUGGGCCUCCCGGCGGGCCUGCUCCCCAAGGAGGUCAAGUCCUACAAUUUCUCCGACUCCGGCCUGCUCGAGGUGUUCCUCGACGGGCCGUGCUUGACCAAGUUCGACACCAUGGCCUUCUACGAGAGCGAGGUGCGCGCUAAUCUCACCUACGGCAGCCUCACCGGGGUAGAAGGCCUGUCGCAGGAGGAGCUUUUUCUCUGGCUUCCGGUGAAAGACAUAAUCGUCGAUGAUCCCAGAUCAGGCCUCAUACUAAUUGACAUCGGAGUUGCUCACAAACAACUCUCUCUCUCCCUUUUUGAAGACCCACCCGAUUGCAGCACAAAAAGUGUGUUGAAGGAGGACGCGGCAACAGGGAAGGCAUUCGCAGCAGAAAGAUAAUAGUAUGAGAGCAAGAACACUAAUCCCACUUGGGGUUCUUUUUGUAAUUUAACCUUUCAUCAGUAUAUUACAGCAGUAUCAUCAGUAGUUAGUAUAUGUUGGUAGUAGUGUAAAGAUUUGGACAUCAGAGCUCCUGAUUACUAGACUAGAAAUCCUAAUUACUCUUCUAACUUUAAUUAAUUCUUGUUUGUCUUAAUCUUCUUAGAUUAGAAGAUUUAGAUAACUCCAAA